GUAUAUAUGAAGAAGAGACCAUUACCAAAGAAGCCUAAACCCUAUAGGAUCAAUUUAUUGCUUGAACUAGCUGUUGGUGGAUGGAAUAUGAUAAGGGUGGCUGUAAUUAACAAGUUCAGAGAGUGUAAGGAUAUUGAG